UAAAAAACUAGAUCUAGAAAGCAUUCACACAAUUCAAUUUUAAUAAAAUGUCUCAGCAAAUGGACCUGGAACGAGUUGAGGAUUCCUUAACAUCUUUCUUAUUAAAAACUGUUUUUAUUGAAAGGAAAAAUGAAUCUGCUCAGUAUGAAGAUUUGUCUCAAGUCCUUAAGAACAUUUUCAUGAAAUCUGGAAUUCCACUGCAAGGAAUAGAUGCAUUAAGAGUAAAUGCUGAGUUAUUUACUAGCAUUUUUGUUAUGCCACAGGAUGAUUCUCACAACAGCAUAUCUUCUGCUGAAUAUUUCUCUUUGAUCCUUGAUGAAAAGCUUGGCUGGCUGACCUUUUUGUAUGACCUUCUUGCAAGUGUCAGAGUUCCAGUUGCCAACAGAUUUUUGGAGAAGCUGUUGACAUAUGUAACAGACAAGUCAGUAGAGGAAUGCCAAGUGUCAAAUGUUAAAUUGCUAGUACUUGGACUGACAUUGGUUCAUACACUUCUUUUAGAUCUAGUCAGUCCUCAACAAGCUCGUCAUCAAGAUGAGCUAUCAGAAAAAUUUGAAAGAAAGUCUAAGGAUUUUCAGCUCCAUGUGACCUAUUUGUCACAGCUAAACAUUCGGUGUAUGAAUCUUUUGAAGAAACAUCUGAACUCUGACCUCAUCCUCUCUCUUGUUGUAGCUGAAGAUCAACUUUUCAGUCAGCUUGUUCACUUGCUGUCCAUGUCUGUCAUGAUAUUCAACCCAUGCUUGCUGGAAACAGAUGUCACGAAAAUGUUGUGUUCUAUGUGCAAAGGAAAAGUUACAAUCCCUGAGAAAGCAGUUUCAUUGGAUAAAAAUAAUAGAAAGACCAGAAAAAAAGUGGGCAAAGUAUUUUUCAAUAAGCCAGUUGAAAUGAUCAGCAUUGAUCUGAAUAAAUAUCACAGUUUGGUAAAAAUGAAAAAAGUGGAAGAUGUUAGCAGUGGUUGCAAACCAGGUGAAGAGAAUUUAGAUAUACACAAAGACGGUGAAAUCAGUUUGAUGAACAAUGCUAAGAAUGUUGAUUUUAAGAAAGAAGAUUUAACGUGCGAUAGCAAAAUGAGUUUUGAGAUGGAUAAAGUUGGCAUUAAAUGUGAUGAGCUACCAAAUUCUGAGAAAGUGUACAAUAUUGCGUUGACAACAUUGACCCAUCUGAAACAUGAAAUGACUACAUCAUUAUACUGUGACUUGUUGAGCUUCUAUUGUUCUGUUGAUAAGUGCCAUACCCCUUGUUUGUACCGUUUGCUGAGACGUUUCUUGACCAAUGAAAGUGAAAUCAGGAUUGGGGCUUAUGUCUUGGAUGGUAAGCAGCUGACCAGGUAUGUGCUGGACUUGAUCAUGAAUUUCCUCGAUGCUGAAACAAAUUCCUCAUCUGAAUUUCCACAAGAUCUGCUUGCUAAACUGCAAAGUCUUUCAAUAACUUCAUCCUGUGUUAAUGUAAAUAGACUGCUGAAAUCUGAGGUUGAGCUAAUUGUAGAAUCAGGCAGACUAUUGUCAGGGCAGGCUGAUCUCAUGAUGUUAAAAGCCGUAGUUAGCAGUAAAGAACCAGGCUGGAAAGAUCUCUUGGCUCUGGGAUUAAACAACGAUGACAUCAUCAACUGGUGGAGCAAAGGCUACUAUGACUUGGUUUGUGAACACCAAACUGUUCUGAUGACUGAGGACAAUGUUCAGCGGUUGUUUCAUGUCACAUGUCAUGCACUACACCAACAUAAAGACAUUGAGAUGUCAUCAUUGUUAAUUCAGCUUUUUAAGAGAAUGUUUCUUGGUCUGUCCACACUAUUACAAGAACAAAUUGUCCUGUCUGUCAUCAAGACCAUGGAUACUAGUGAGUCUUUCUGUAAGUUUCAGCAUCAGUUGAGCCAGGAAGUUGUCCUCAAUGAGCUCAUUCCUCUUUACAACAAGCUAACCUUGGCCAAUAUUGACCUAGCAAUGUCCACUGUGCUGUACCUGUGUCUCUUCUAUCCUGAUGUGGUUAUCAAACAGUCAUUGCUCAUGGCCAUUGGAAACAAAUCACAAGUUGGACUUUUUGUUCGUGUGUUUCAGAAAUUUUCCAAUGUUUGUAAGUCUUGCCGUGCCAAAGCACAUCAGUCCAGGUUGAUUGAGUCUUGUCAGGAUGUGCUGAGAACCUGCAAAUUGGAUGAGAAAAUUACUAAGAACACAGCUCACCUGUUAACGGAGCUAAUAAAGAGUUACACUCUUACAAUAGAUGUUAACAGCGGGAUCAGCAUUCAGCAAGGUGGUCUGCUGAGUCCAUUUGAUGUUGUUCAGUUCUUUGUGGUCCCUGGACUGAUCAGCGAUAACUCCAAAUACCUCUGGUCACAAAGCCAGGGUUCAGCCGAUGUCAGUCCAUCAAGUUUGUUUGAACCCAGUGUGCUGUUCACAAACUUGUCUCUGAACAUUCUCCUUUCCUUGUUGGAAAACUUGAAGAAAACAUCAGUUGUAGAUUUACAUCCCUUUCCUUUGCUGGCUGUCCUAUCAAACUUAUACCUGGACAACUACUUUGUGUAUGUCGAUGGACAGUUGGACAAAAACAGAGUGACAGUGAAACAGUACAGUCAACUUUGUUUACUCAAACUGAUGCAAGUCAUGGCCAAAAGUUCUAAACUGUUUCCAGAAUCAAGUUUCUAUUGGCUGAGAAACCAUUCUUUGACCUCAGGUUGGUUACAUGUGGCACUACUAAAGCCAGUUCUAGAUCAUUGCUGUGACCUUGAGUUUCAAAGUUUGCUGGGGUCUGUCAUGAGAACAACUUCAGCAGCUAACAGUGAUAACUUAAAACUGCUGAUGCUGAUAACACAGCUGGCCUUAGUGAAUGAUGAAAUGUUCCUGGAAAUCCAACAUUUCCUUCAACAUGUCAAACUGUCUGCCAGUUCUGGGAUAUUUAUCAUAGUGAUUCAGCAGAUGCUUUUAAUGGCAUUACCUGCAGACCUUCAAAGACUUGUCAAGUUGUUGAUUCUGUUGGUGGAGUCUCAGGUUUUGACAGGUUUAAUGGCUGAUAAGGAAGCUGAACCAUUAACAGUGUCUAACAAAUCAAUCCUAGUUGGUCAGUACUUGACAGAUGCUGUUAUUUUGCUGUGUUCAGAGCUGUCAUGUCAGUCAUCCUUAUGUCAUGUCACUAACAACUACAUUUCUGCCAUUCAGGCCCUUAUACCAGCAGGCAUCCAGGAUGUCACUCUACUGAUGUCACUCUUCUGUCAGCACUGUCACAUGCUGUCCAUUGUGACCUGCCAAGUGGCCCAGGUCCUGCAAAUGUCAGCUCUCGACCUUUUGAUGAAACUGAAACCUCAGGCAGCAUCAAAACAUGGGGGCAAGCAGUCUGUCCUGACCAGGAGUCACAUCACUCAGCUAGAAGACUAUGUGGUAUUUGUAAAGGAGGAAGGAGUCAGGAGUGUUCUAGUGAAACAGACUCUGGAACUGGUGAAAAAAAUGUAAUUGUUAGCCUGUUGUAUCAUUGUUUUCAUUGAAUUGUUUACUGUUUUGUUUUUGCAUAGAACUAAUGAACUUGAUACCUUUGAUUAUUUAUACAUCAGUGAAACAGGAAGUGUAAGGAUUUGAUUCAUGAAAUUCAUAAUGUUUAGGGGUUGUUUUUUUUGAUGAUUUGUGUCCUUCCCAAUGGGCUCUUAAGUUUGUAUCCCCUUGGUGACUUGGAAUCUUAAAUUUUAAGAUUUUCAUUUAAGCUGGGUUGCUGAAAUUUUAAGAUAGAAUCCUCUAAAGGUAGAAUUUAUAUAUAAGUUUUAUAUAUAGGUUAUUACAUGGUCCAUUGGAGAACUAUUUUUUCCUGUUUAAUAGCUUGAUUUACAUAUUAAUCACUAUCUGUUGGACCUUUGGGGCUCCACACAUAUGAUCUUUCUACCAUACUCCACACAAAAUUCUCCCUCCCCCCUCCCAAAAAAAAAGAAAGAAGAAAUAUUUGAAAGCUGUAGCCUUCAGGAUAGAGUCUGAUAGCAUCAUCUAUUUCUAUGAAUCCUCUCUGUGAUGUUUUCAUUGUUUAGUUAGUUGUUGAGAUUUGUAAAAUUUGAAUAUUGUUUUAUUUUAUUUCGUUAUUGUAUAUAGUUAAAUUUUAUUUCAUGUUGAAAUUUAAAGAUCAAAAUACA